UCAGCACUACUGCAAUUUAAGGCAUCAAGUUCUGCAAUUGGUUCCAUUUCCAGAAUUGGUUAUUUACCUGGAUGUUACCCCUGAAGAAUACCAUAAGAGAAUUAUGGACAGAGGAAGGAGUUUUGAAAUGAAUAUUCCCAUCCAGUAUCUGAUUAAUCUACACAGCCAGUAUGGAAAAUUGUUAGAUGAAAUGAAAGAUAAUGGCACUAGAAUUAUGAAAUACGAUUGGGCAAACUUUGGAUAUUCGUCAGAGGUUGACAAAGAUAUUAAAGAGUUGAAAAUUGAAAAAAAUCCUCUGGUAGAAGGAAAUUAUGACGAAAUCCAUGAAAAAGCAAAGGAAAGUUUUGACUCAGAUCACAAAUUGGACAUGGAUCCUCUUGGUGAUGUUGAAUAACCACAGAACCAUGCAGCCCCAUGCAGAGAUAAGAAACUUCAUCUUUUAUAUUUCAUAUUGUGAACGGCUAAAUUUAAAUUUGGAUACUAUGUCUUUAAAACACAUUUCUUCGAUAAGUCUUAAAUGUUGUGUACAAAUGUUGUUAAUAAUUCUUUAUUGUGUAAUUGUGUUAUGUGUUAAAUAUAUCUUUAAUAGUUUAUGCAUAUAAGAAUGUAUCGAUCUUGUCUUUAUAUUGUUCAUAAGGACAUACAUACUUUAAAUGAUGUUGAUAAUGUUGAUAUUUUAGCUACAAAUCCUUUACUAAUCACGAGCGAAGAUUAUACGAAGAAAACGAUAUUCAUAUGUA